UAAAGUAAAUAAGAAACUGCAACUGGCGGCAAAUAAUUAGAUAACCUGUAAGGUUUGUAGAAGCUAUGUUGAUUUUAAAUAAAUACUGGUAUUUAAAGCCACACGAUAGAUAAACGAAAACGGAGUUUGUAUUUUUGAAUAACCAAAUGGAAGGGAUUUUGAAGAAUUUGGAACAGUUUGCUGAGGUAUUAGCAGUGUCCCGUAGCAAGCAUGUUUCUGAUUGGGACAGUCAAACAGUGGAAAGGGCUUUCCAAUGGGCUGCUUAUUUUAAGCAUAUUUGGAACAGGUCUAGAACCAACGUUGUUGUUAAACAAGCCAUGGAAGCAAGGCUGAAGCAAAUCAAUUCAGAACUGAGUAACUGCUUUGACUAUUUCACUUUCAUUUCGUUUGAUAACUUAGGGCACAGUGAGGAAAUUUUGUUCGUCUCUCUCUUGACAAACAACGCUCUUUCAAAGAGCGCUUAUGAACGUGUUCUGGUGUUACUUAAACAAAGUAAUGCAGUGUCAGAUGUGUUGGAUUCCAUCGCUGUCCUCAGCAGCAAAAAGGCAACGUGCCACGUCCUGUUUCGGGCCUGUGUUGGUAUUUCAAAACGAUGCUCUUUCAUUGAAGAUCCUUUUGUAAAAACGGAAGCAGACCUUCUCCUGGACUGUCUAAUUGAUCGGAUGGAGAUGUCAGUGCCACUCGCCGACUGUUCUCCGUUUCUUAAUGAAGUUUUGGGUACCAUCCCCAGUGAAUAUCUUAAUCGUCUUUUGUUAACUAUAGUUAGAAAUGAAAACAGCAAGUUUUUACCAGCUGUAGAGAUGGUAGUGAAUUGGUUGAUAGGAAAUCGGUGUCAGAUGAGAUAUUUUUGCUCUUCUCAGGAGUGCAAAGUGCUAUGUGAAUUGGUUGUCAAGCAUAACGCGUUUAAAACUGCCUAUCUGGAUCUUCUCGUUGAGUGGGCCAGAGACAUGGAAUAUGAUAUUAGUUGUGCUGAGUGGAUUAGUACCAAAUGCUCUGAUGUUUCGUGGAAAGGUUUAGUAGAGCAUUUUAAUACGCUGCUGGAAGGCCCCAUAGAAAUAACAAAGGAGACAAAAAAAUUGUUACGGACUUUGAAAGUCGAAGAUGGAGAUAUGGAUGUUUGCGGUGUUAGUGUUUGGACAGACUUGUUCUGUGCAGUACAUACAGUUUUGUAGUAAUGUUUGUGAUUUAAGUUUUGUCAUUUUAGCUUUGGUGUGUUACUCGUUACGUAGUAGGUUAAGAGCUUAUUAUCCCACCCUUCACUUGUUGAAGCAAAAUAAUGCAAGAGAGACAUUGAUGGUGGGGUUUACUACAAAGAGGACUGGUUUGGAGAUGGCCAAAGUGUAAGAAUGAAACUUCAUACGGUGCUCAGGAAAACCUACUUCCUACGUGUCUGUUUUAUCGUCAUCAAAGAUGUGUUCGCUAAUUAGUUUUUAUGUGAAGUACUUCACCCACUGUGUCAAUUAUUUAUACAGAACCUUUCAUGACAUUCAUGUAUGGUUAAUUGCAGUCCUCCAAACUGUUGUUCAGGUUAUGUUUUCGUAUGCGCACAUUCUGUUUAAAAUAGUUGUUCAGAAUUUAACUUGCACCCGUUGAGUGUCAAGCUCCUGCUCCCUCUCUGCCCUGCAUUAGAUUAAGCAGAGAGCUUAAUGUAUUCUACAAUUAAAGUAACUCCUUUUGGAAUAGUCCUGCAGAGGUACCAUUUUAAAUGGAGUGAAUGCACUUUUAGCUCGUGCAUAGCAAAGCAUGGUAGUCUUAAGAUUCAGGCAGGAAAAUGACCCUUAAAGUUGCAGUUGUACGGUAUGAUCACACGCUUCUCCCAGGAGUAUGUAGACGGUAUUGUGUAAUUCCACUACGUAAAUGGUUUUAGUCCCUUUCCAUUAAACAAUCGUGAUUUUUAUUGAGAUUUAUAGCUAUAAAUAUGUUUUACGUGACGCUUGUGGGGAGAUAAACAAUUUUGGUUAUGUAACUGGGAAUUCAUCAUGUGAUUUAUUCUCUCUCUCUCUCUCUCUCCAAUUACUACUUUUAUUACUGUUAGACAUGUCAUAGGGGAUGUUUUUCAAGUGGGAAUGUGGCUGCACCACCACAGUUUUGUAUGACGUGAUCACAUUUAAUCAGUUGUAUGUAUAGUGUACACAGUUUCAAUGGUCAUGCAGCGGUGGAGACCCACAAGUGGAAUAACCAUACGUUUGCCUCUGGAUGUGGUGCUGACAGUUCUUUGAUUCUGGUGUAAAGACCACAAUUUUGGGAAGGUCUAAAAAAACGAAUCUCCUUUUUAUUGCUUAUAUAAUGGGAAAUGGAUGUGUCUUUUCAAAGAUUCAUAGGAGAUUACUAGGCUAAUGGCUUAAGAGCCCUUACAAUCCUAGCCACUUUUACACAGAUUUUACCCAAAGGUCAACAAGUGGGGUUUUGACUAUUUUUAUUGCCUGCCUCUGUCCAUAAGGGACAUGGGCACCACUCCAGGAAUGAAUUUGCGAUUACUUGUGCAUCUUCAACUUUGUUUGACGAUGGUCAGGGAAAGGCUCUGCUUCACGUGAACAGGAAGCUUAUUGCAGAAGGGCAAUCUGUGGGACACAUCUGUCCCUUCGGCAUGAUCUAUUCGUGUCAGAGAUCAGGUUUAGAUCUUUGGAGCGGGUAACCCUCAUGCAUUUAGUUAUGUGAAUGUACAUUUCCAUCAGGGCCGGGUCAGAGACUGCCUUGUAGGUCAGGCACAUAUCACCCCUCCGUUAUCUGUAGGAAAUUGUGUACAGUAAUGGGGCUUUUAAUCUGUCCAUAUAUGGCAUUUUGGUUAUACCCUGUAAAUUUUUUUUGUGACAAAUCUCUGAGAAUACUCCAAAUAUUGCAGGUGCCUAGCGAGGUAAGUGCCAAAGGGUGCAUUGUACUCUGUUAUUUGUCUGAUGACGGCUGAAUAUGUAGUGGUAUUAUGACAUACUUGGAUCUGGAUGCCAUGCCCUUACUUAUAAUUUGAACUACAUAGGAUUUCCUCCUAAGUUCAGAUUACUGUCUUUAGUACCCAGAUCUCAUACCAGUGGGUUCAGUUGUAGGGCACUGCUAUCAAUGUUGUAAUUUCUAGGGAUAUUUAAUUUCCCAAAGGAUGUUAUGCACUUUGCAUUUAGUUUGAGGUGACACCAAUCAUUAGUUUGCAUCUGACCUUUUCUGUAGGCUAUCAAAAUUUUUUGGGAUGUCACUGAUUGCCCCCAGCUUGCAGUCAUCAGCAAACUUGGUCAGCCAAAGGCCAUCAACUUUUGUCUUGGUAUCUGAGAAGUAUACUCCAUACAGGAGGGGGACCCAGCACUGAGCCCUGUGGUACUCCACUGGUGACUGGCCUUUUGCUGCAUAUGGAGCCCCCCCGUCUAACAAUAUAGCCUAUUCAUGAGCUAUUUGAUUAUGCAUGCAGUGACAUAGAGGUUUAUGCCUAAAUUUGAGAGUUUAUCUAUAAUACUCAAGUGGGGUAUUGUGUCAAAUC